CAACAAAGCCCAAUGGGUCAGAAGAGCCACAAAGACUCCCGUUACCCUCGUGGAAGGACUCCUGUGAGCAGCCUCCAUGAGGCCCUGGACCAGUGCAUGACUGCCCUGGACCUGUUCCUUACCAACCAGUUCUCAGAAGCACUCAGCUACCUCAAGCCCAGAACCAAGGAGAGCAUGUACCACUCGCUGACCUAUGCCACCAUCCUCGAGAUGCAGGCCAUGAUGACCUUUGACCCUCAGGACAUCCUGCUUGCCGGCAACAUGAUGAAGGAGGCUCAGUCGCUGUGUCAGAGGCACCGGAGGAAGUCUUCCGUAACAGAUUCCUUCAGCAACCUGGUGCACCGGCCCACUAUGGACCAGUUCACAGAAGAGGAAAUCCACGCCGAGGUCUGCUACGCAGAGUGUCUGCUGCAGAGAGCAGCCCUGACCUUCUUGCAGGUAGGAACCCCUGCUUGUAUGAGGAGGCUGGGAAUUGCAGAAGAUCAGUCACCCUGCAGGGGCUGUCCCUAUAAGGCCUGCUCUCAGCAUCUCUCCCUCCUGCAGGAUGAGAACAUGGUGAGCUUCAUCAAGGGCGGCAUCAAAGUCCGAAACAGCUACCAGACCUACAAGGAGCUGGACAGCCUCGUGCAGUCCUCACAGUACUGCAAGGGAGAGAACCACAGGCACUUUGAAGGAGGAGUGAAGCUUGGUGUGGGAGCCUUCAACCUGACACUGUCCAUGCUUCCUACUAGGAUCCUGCGGCUGCUGGAGUUUGUGGGGUUUUCAGGAAACAAGGACUACGGGCUGCUGCAGCUGGAGGAAGGCGCAUCGGGGCACAGCUUCCGUGCCGUGCUCUGCGUCAUGCUUCUGCUGUGCUACCACACCUUCCUCACCUUCGUGCUCGGUACUGGGAAUGUCGACAUCGAGGAGGCAGAGAAACUCUUGAAGCCCUACCUGAAUCGCUACCCCAAGGGUGCCAUCUUCCUGUUCUUUGCAGGGCGGAUUGAAGCCAUUAAAGGCAACAUUGACGCAGCCAUCCGGAGGUUCGAGGAGUGCUGUGAGGCGCAGCAGCACUGGAAGCAGUUCCACCACAUGUGCUACUGGGAGCUGAUGUGGUGCUUCACCUACAAGGGCCAGUGGAAGAUGGCCUACUUCUACGCUGACCUGCUCAGCAAGGAGAACUCCUGGUCCAAGGCCACCUACAUCUACAUGAAGGCCGCCUACCUCACCAUGUUUGGAAAGGAGGACUACAAGCCGUUCGGGGAUGAUGAAGUGGAGUUGUUUAGAGCUGUGCCAAGCCUGAAGCUCAAGAUUGCUGGGAAAUCUCUACCCACAGAGAAGUUUGCCAUUCGGAAGUCCAGACGCUACCUCUCCCCCAACCCUAUCUCGUUGCCAAUCCCUGCUCUGGAAAUGAUGUACAUCUGGAAUGGCUAUGCUGUGAUUGGAAAGCAGCCGGCACUCACGGACGGGAUACUUGAGAUUAUCACCAAGGCUGAAGAGAUGCUGGAAAAGGGCCCAGAGAAUGAGUACUCAAUGGAUGACGAGUGCUUGGUGAAAUUGUUGAAAGGCCUCUGUUUGAAAUAUCUGGGCCGUGUCCGGGAGGCCGAGGAGAAUUUCAGGAGCAUCUCUGCCAAUGAAAAGAAGAUUAAAUAUGACCACUACUUGAUCCCAAAUGCCCUGCUGGAGCUGGCAUUGCUGUUUAUGGAGCAAGGCAGAAAUGAAGAGGCCAUCAAACUCCUGGAAUCUGCCAAGCAAAACUACAAGAAUUACUCUAUGGAGUCAAGGACACAUUUUCGAAUCCAGGCAGCCACACUCCAAGCCAAGUCUUCCCUAGAGAACGGCAACAGAUCCCUGGUCUCAUCCGUGUCCUUGUAGCUUUGUGCAGCACUCCCAGGCUGUAAGACUAACAGAGACAGCCGGACAGAGCUCCUGGAAACAUUUCAAAAGAUCCCCUCCCCCUGACCUGCCCUGCCUUUGGAGUCCACCGGUGCUCCAGUGGGAUGGCAUGACACGGGUAUCCAUGCAGAAGCAAAGCCGGCAUUUUCACCAGUGUGACCAAUGACCUUUGCCAAGGGCAGAGCAGGUGGAGCCUCUGCCUGCCCUAUCACACAUACGGGUACUUGUUUUUCACUGUGAUGUUUAAGAGAAUAUAUGAAUAUUUACAUUUUCCUUACAAAUACUUUGAUGGGAUCAUAGUUGGCUCUGAAAAAACCCAACCACAACCAACCACCUGUAAAUCUUUGUUUUCACCCAUAUUGAUCUGAAGGUAAAUCUCUUUAUAUGACGCCAAAGGCCAAAUUGCUUUUCAAACUUCAGCAGGGUCUCAGCUUUCGGGGCUGGAAGGACUUUCAGAGGACCUGAGGAAUGCCCAGGAGGGUCUGCGCCUCAGGCUUUGACAUUGCUGGGGGUUGGGCACAGAGGCCACACAGAUACCCACUACCUUACUUCUCACGCUUCAUUCCCUUUGUAACUUUCCAGUUUAAAAAUCAAGCAUGUCUUUUUAGUGACAUAAAAUUUGUAGAAAAGUCAAUCACUACCAGUAGGGAAUGGGGACAAGGCCUGACGGAGGAGCUGUGCGGCCUUUUCUGUGCCAAAGCCAGGAAGUUUAGGGGGUGGAAGAGGGAGGUUCACAGAAACCAGUCUGCAUCCUUGUUGUAUGCCAAAGUGAAACCACUGGGAAUAAUUUAUGAAACAUAAAAAAAAAUCUUCUGUACUUCAAGGUACAUUUAUUUACUGAUAGCAUUUUUCUUAGAAACAGAAUGGUUAUUCUUGGCCUGUUGUAUAUGUUUUAGAUUUUUCAGUUAAGAGAAAAGAGAUAUUUAAGUAAUAAAAUUUGUACACUUAAGA